AGAGCAUGUGAGAGAGAGAGAGAGAGAGAGAGAGAGAGAGAGAGAGAGAGAGAGAGAGAAGUGAACGUAGGGGAGAGACUUGAGAAAUAGGAGGAGCUUCUGGGCGACUAGAAAUGUCAAUCAGAGCAAAAGGCGUCCCAAUAAUCUAAAGCAAUCUGUAAGGACCUGACCUUAGUCCAUUCAGAUCAAUAGGGAAGCGAGGGAGGGAAGCGGCCGGCGGAUCGUUUACGCGCGGCCCGUUUUCGGAGGAAAUAUAGACUUCCCUUACACUUUUGUACUCACUGUACACUGGAUAUCGUAGCGCGCAUCGAGAAAGCGAUUUUUGUGUGUGUGUGCGUGUGCGUGCGUGUAUGUGUGCGCGUGUACGUGUGUGCGAUUUCAGCAGACUGCUGUUUUUUCCCCCCUUCGUUCCCCAACUACAAUGUCUUUCCCACAGUUGGGAUACCAGUACAUCCGACCGAUAUACCCGCAAGAACGGCAAGGGAUCGGCAACGCGCGCAGCGGGAGCGAGCUCAGUCCGUCCGGCACGCUCUCCAACGUUCUCUCCACCAUGUACGGAUCACCUUUCAGCGCUGCACACACCUACGGAGCGUUUCUUCCUUAUUCAAACGACCUGUCGAUUUUCAGUCAGUUGGGAGCUCAGUAUGAGCUAAAAGACAGUCCAGGUGUCCAGCACCCAGCGUUUGCCCAUCCUCACCCUGCUUUCUACCCCUACGGCCAGUACCAGUUCGGAGACCCAUCCAGACCCAAAAAUGCCACCAGGGAGAGCACAAGCACGCUGAAGGCCUGGCUCAGCGAGCACCGCAAGAACCCGUAUCCUACCAAGGGCGAGAAGAUCAUGCUGGCCAUCAUCACCAAGAUGACCCUCACCCAGGUGUCCACAUGGUUCGCUAACGCCCGGAGGAGACUGAAGAAGGAGAACAAGAUGACCUGGACGCCGCGCAACCGCACGGACGAAGAAGGCAACGUGUACGGCAGCGACCACGAAGGCGACGAUGGCGACAAGCGCGAGGACGAGGAAGAGAUCGACUUGGAGAACAUCGACACGGAGCACAUCGAGAGCAAGGACGAGCUGGACGAGCAGGACGAGCUCCACUCGGACUCCAAGCUGGACGCCAGCUGCGACUCGGAAAUCUCGGACGGCUAUGAGGAUUUACACGGGCCCGAGCCGAAGCUUUUAAAAGCCGUGGCCCAAGAGGGCACAGACGCGGACGCAGACGCUGAGCGGCCCGAUCACUUCCACCACCAUCAUCACCACCUACAUCACCACCAUCACCAUCACCUUCCUCAUUCAUUAAACCUCAAAACGCAGCCUCCCAGCAGCGAGCAGAUCAAACUCAACCCGGUGUCCAACUCUCCUCCGGCUGAAAACAACGCAGCCCCGGUGCAAAAACCUAAGAUCUGGUCUUUGGCUGAGACAGCCACGAGCCCGGACAAUCCCCGGAAAUCUCCACUCGUCAACGGGAGCUCAUCCCAGGCCGUCAUGCCUCCUCAUAGACUCGUUUCAUGCCCGGUGGGCAAACUGCAGAACUGGACGAGCCGUGCGUUCUCGGCGCACCAGCUCGCGCUGCUCAACUCAAACCACUAUUUAGGACUGGCCAAUCAGGCUUCAGCCAACGGCCUCGCGCUCUACACUGGCAACAGGCACACGGAAGAGCGCAAUGUCAGCUCAGAGACUGCACACUCAGGUACAUCACAUCCCCCUCACUGAGCCUGUGCCCACAUUUGAAUACUCCUCGUGAACAUGUUCCUCACGAACACUGUUUUCGUUUUCCUAUCCAGUGCAUAUAUCAAUAUAAAUAUAUCAAUAUUUUUUUUCUUCUUCUUGUUCUACAAAACUCCGUGCUUUCAAAAAUUUAAGAGGCUAAACACUUGUAUACAAGAAGGAGCAUGCGCAUUUAAGAGAGGGGGCAAGAAAAGCAUCAAAAACUCUUUAGAUUUUGUCAAGGCUGUUUUAAAAAGAAAAUAAAAGAAAAAAAAAAGAUUUCAAAAAGUCGAGCAGUGUAAAACCUUCACUCAUAGUCUAAUUUCAAUCAGGUAUCCAGAACGAUUAUUUAAUUGUCCUUGCUGUUAUUUCGGAGAGAUCUAGUGCCUUGGAAGCAGAGAGAAAGAAAGAAGAAAGAAAAAAAAAACAGCCCGUCAUAAUCAUAAGUGUAUCUUGGCAAUUUCAUUUUCAAGUUCAUAAUAGUUAUAAUAAUUAUUUUUAUUUGAUUUACGUAAUUGUGUACUAUUGGAUAGCCACACGAGUUUCAAUCACGGUUCCAUAUUGUGCGCUUUUUUCCUCUUCUUCUUCUUAUUAUUAUUUUUUUUACUUUUAUUGUUUUGUUUUGUUUUGUUUUUUUUUCUUGUGUAGCUGAAUGUCCAAUAUCGCAAAGAGGGUUCAAACAUCACAAAACGCGUCGUUUGGCAAUAAUUCAAACGAAAAACAGUAUACAAAAACAAUUCCUUCCCAACAACCAUAAUUACUUUGCUAUUUAAAACUUUCACUUUCUUGAUCCCAAACCUUUUCUAACUUUCCCCAUGUCUCUUAGGCCUCAGGACCAACCUGAAGCUGCCAUGUUAUUAUCCAACCCCCUUUUCCACCUUAUAGAGACUCUUUUUUUUAAUAAAUCUUCAUUUUAACCUGUCGUAAGGAAUGUAAAAAAAAAAAAAAAAAAAAAAAAAAAAAAAUGAAUAACACACCCUGUGUACUUACCUUGUAAGCAUGUCCUUGUGUAUAAUUGCUAAUGCAAUGCUGUAAAAAAUUGUAGUCUGUGAGGUUUUUUUUUUUUCUUCCUCUUUUUUUUCCCUUUUCUUUUGUUUUGUGAGGAUUCGAUGUUGAAAUGUUUUGUAUAUAUAUAACGUAAAGAAAGAAAAUGUACAUACUUGUGAUUCAAAAUUGUACAAGAAAGUCUAUAUUUUGGCUAAUAAAUGAACUGCGGCAACUUAAA